UGAUGAUCCGAGCAAGGGUUUUAUUGUUUUGAACAACUCUUACACACACACACACUUUUGCUUCUCUUCCAUCAACUAAACCUUUCAUUACAUACACGCAUUCAUACUUUCACACAUAUGUAUAUUCAAAAUGAACACAGGACAACAUUCAUACGAAAGGCCAAAAGCCAAUGGCACAAUAACAACAAUGACAUCAAGAGGUAGAAUGCCACAAGCACACGCAAAUUUAUUGGUUCAAUUACCUCCCGAUGAACUUAAACAAAUGGCAGCAAAUCCAAGAGCUGCAAUUCAUGCUUCAAAUCAAGCAGGUCCAUCAAAAUGGGCAAUGAAUGAACAAGAUCGAAAUCAAUAUUUACCAUCUUCUUCCGUUCAAAUGUCCGAUGUAAAAUUACUAGCGGAAAGCUUUCAAGAAAGAAGACAAAAAGAAGCAAAAGUGUUCAUGUGGCAACACAUGUUAAUAGCUUCCGGAUCGCAAUUGGAAAGAAAUAUGCUGAAAAGAGCACUCACUCAAGUCUCUUUACCGGAUUGGUUACAAAUCUUACAAGAACGUCAUCUGGCACACAAAUGUGCUUAUCCGACCUGUGAUAAAAAGCCAAAAAAGCCGCAUCUCUCACAACGCAAUUCAGCUUUACCGCUCGAUGCACCACGUUAUCGAAUCUCAUUAAGCAGACGAACGAUGGAACGUGAUGAAAGGGACGACGCAGGCGGUCAAAAUUCAUUUUGCAGUAAUGCAUGUUGGCGAAGAGGAGAAUGGGUUUCACGUUGGGUAUUGAACAAUGGAGAAUCAACUCGGAAAAUACAAAAAGAAAUCAGUGAUGAAAUGUUUGGAAGUGGAUUAAAAGAUCAUCAUGGAUUGGGAAAUGAAGUAGAAGAAGGAGGAAAAUGGGAACGUGUGAUGGACGAAGAACAUUGGACGGAAAUUGAAUUGUUGGAAGAUUUAGAGGACAAAGGAGAAGUGGAUCGAUUGUCGGACGAUGAAGACGCCGCAAAGCAGACCAAUUCUCCCAAACCCGAUAAGAUCAUGUCGCCAGUCCUGCCCACACCAACUUCGCCUGCACUCUCUCAAUCGGAGAAUUGUAAUGACGUCUUAUCCGGUCAAGCCACAAUCGUUGCACGCGAUCAUGCAAAACGUCGUGCGGAUACAAAAGGAACGGCAGAAGGAUUCUUGGAUUUGAUUGAUUCUUUACAAAUUCGUGAACGUGCAACUGAUGCUGAUACAACUCCAACAAAUUCUAUUGCAAAUUUACCUCAACGAAUUCAGAUAGACUUGCCUAUCGAUCAAGAUGAUUUGACGGAUGAACUUGGAAGUGGAACAUCUACCAAUCUUGCCGGAUUGAUCAAAUCUGCUUCACGUAAAACACAAAGUCAUCUUCAAUUUGACAGUGAAGGGGAUGUGAGCAUGAGUGAUGAUACGACAAGCGAAGAUGAUCAUGCGGACAAUGAGGAGGACGUACUCACAAGAGCACAUAAGCGUCAACAAACAGAAGAACGAAAGAAGAAACGUGACGAAGAAGAUGAUCUGUUCGCACAAGCAUGGCAAGCAAUGAGCGAAGAGAAAGCCAGAGGGACAUGGGAAGAAGAGUAAAGAGCACUUUGCAUCAAUCUUGUAUUAUUACGCAAAUCACGUCUGUACUCUAUUCAAUACAAUCACAAAGCCUCAAUUAUUGUUUCAUAAUAUUGCAUUUCUUCUGCCGAUCGAAGAUUAAAAAGGUUUAAAAUAU